UUAGGGUUUAGGGGAUGUGCAUGCGAGGUCGUCUGCUGAAGGGAGCCAGACCGGCUGUGAUCCGAUUUCCUUGCCGCGGAGCUCAAUUGGAGAUCAUGCGGUAAACGAUACUUGUUUGUUUCGGUGGGAAUCGUGGGUGAGUGUUCAUGGCCUAAAUGCUCAUGAAUUUAUUUCAUUCACGCAUGGUCCACUGCAAUUCAAAGCCCUGGAGUGAGUGUUCGUCGAAUUAGGUUUUACAGUUGAAAGACCCGGUGGUGUUGUCAUCAACUGAUUGUGAUUUUUGAGUGUCUCACAUUUAGUAUAGUGAGUGAGUUCGCAGCAAGUUCGAUCCUCUUCACGGGUUCCGGGUACAGGGUUUGCGAGUUACUCAGGGCUGUGAGGUUGAGUGGAGUUGUAAGACAUGAAGAAGAGAGGCGGUGGCGUGGGAGACGCUGGAGGGGGCUCAGGUCGUGCCCCAGAAUUCAAGAAGAAGCAGAGGCUCGGAGGAAAGGGUUUGAGUUUAGAAGCGUUUGUGGAUGCCAAAAAAUUGAAGCCCGUUGUUACUGCCUCUCAAAUUCGAAAACAGAGAGAGGCGUAUCAGAACUCUAAGAAAGUAAACAAGUAUCGGAAGACUUUAAAGCACUUGGCAGAAGAGGGACAUGAGUUUAAACCUCGCGUCCCCCUCGACAUGGACGCAGAGACUUCCGGCCAAGAUGUAUCAGAGCCAAUAACCAAGGAACACAAAGAGAAACGCAGUUCAUCAGCUAGUGAACGAGAGCAUCCUUCAAUUGAAACAGAUGAAGAGAUCAAGGAAAAAGACCAGGUCGGCGGCCAUGGAAAGAAGUCUGGGAAAGGGCGCCGACCGAAGCCUCCGUCCCAGCUCGAAAGGUUGAGGUCAGAGUACGAGAAAAAGAAGCAAGAGGAAGAGGAAGUGAGGAAGGAAAAGCAAGCACUGUUUGAAGAACAACAAGCAGCACGAGAGAAGGCGAAAAAGGAACGUAAAGAGGCGCAGAACAAAUUUAGGAAGUUCACUGGCAAAGGACAGCCCGUCAUGAGGCAUCGUAUGGAGCACUUGCUUGAGAGUAUUCAGCGAGACAUGAAGAGGUAGUGCUUUGUUAGUAGUAGGAAAGGAUUACUACUGCCGAUUUGUAUCGUAGUCCAGUUUGCACACCAUCUGGCAUUGGUUGUCGACUCUUCAAUCCAGCUUGUUUAGAGUUACUUUAUAUUUCAAUUUUACCGGACUGACUUAGUACUUCAGUAGACUGAAGCAUGUACAGCUAGAAUUCUGAAGGCUUUGUUUUGUUGAGGUUAUUUUUGAGGAGCUAUCUUUCUCUGGAAGACUGAAUGUCUUAAUGUGGAAGGUUUUUGUGAAUUGAAUUUCAGUAUCUGGUUUAUCCCUUUGAAGUGGUGGGGGUUUCACACGCCA